CUUUAUAAGUAGCGCAAUGUAGCUUGGUUUGUCGCAGUCCUACACAGAACACGCGUUGGAGGCGGGGCUGUAGUACUUUUGUCAGCUGAUCGUACAGUUGUCAGCUGGUAUUUAUUGUCCUAAAAACCAUGUGAAACGAAAUGCUUCUAUAAAACGCGAUGAAAAUAAUUUUGCUGUGAUAGAAAAACGAAUGAAAGCUUUUGUUAUAAGACUCGAAGAUGUCACGUUUAAAGUUUUUUCUCCUAAACAUAUCAGUUUUGUUUAGCUUCUUAGUGGAAAAUGGCCGUGCGGUACCUAACAGCAUUAUAAGUGUCAGCAGCGAUCGAACAGAGGACCUUAAGCUGUCUCAGGGUACCUUACGGUGUCGCGUCCGAGGCUUGGGGUUCACCGAUGGACUCGGCGGCGGUAGGCUGCCUGAGAGGCCAUGGAGGAGGACUGCACAGACUUCGAGGGCCGCACGGUGGAGCACGGUCUGCUGUAUGUGCCAGGUCCAAGCCCCUGCUCGCUGUGCGUUUGUUACCACAGUGAGCCCAUGUGGUGUAGGGCGAUCUACUGUGAUCCGCCAUAUUACUGCAAACGGUUCAGAGCUGGCAAACGGUGCUGUGAAUUUGAGUGUUUGGAUGAUCUUCUUCCUCCUGGCUUUGGAGACAUGGAAGACUCCAGCUCAACAGCUAUCUGCAAUCACAUUCUGUUAAUAACAUCACUUUUGAUAAAAUUAUGGAGGUAAUUACCUCGGCAAAGAAACUGCAGUAUGUGACAUAUUCCACUGUUAGUCAUUAAAAUUUUUAUGGUGCCUCCUUUACAAAACAUUGAAUGAAGUAAUUCAUUCACAUAUCUAAGUCUUAUCCAGGUAUUUACAAAAAGUCCAUAAUUUUUAAAAUUAUUAUAAGAAUCACAUGAAUACCACUGUGUUGUAAAACUUUGACAUUCUGUACCAAAUCUCCACUGUUUGACAGAGGAAGUAAUUAAGUAAAGCAACAAUCUUUUAACUAUCCUGUAGUCAUAUCGACUUCAUUAAUCUUGUAAGUUCUCACAUUAACAUGCUAGUAGGCUUAUAAUAGCUUACGCAACAGCAGAUUUCCAUAUAUAAAAUGGUUUUUAAAAAAUUGCAAUAAUUUUCUGACACCUUUUUGUGUAUAUUAUUAGUUACAGGAAGAAGUGGUGUCAGUCAAAAGGAUCUAUGAAACUUAAUGAGUAAACACUCUGUGCACUUUCAGAUGAUUAAAAUAUACUGUGAUUCAUGGCAAUAACCUUUCAUGUAAAUGAAAUCAUUUAAAAUGUACAUAUACCAAUCUGACUAAUAUUUUGUGUGCAUGCAAUACAUAAAAAAUGAAGAUUAAAAGUUCAGUCCCUUUUGUCUUUCAAAUAGUUUGAAAUGGGACCAUCUGACAACAUAUGAAAGAGAAUGUUGCUUGAUUCUACUGUUGUAACUUAGUAUUUUACACAAGAAUGUACAUUAUGCAGAGACGUCUUUAUUUUUUAAUUUACAUAAAUUUCCAACAAUAACUGUUACUAAAGAUUUCCUUACAUAUUCUGAAUAACCUAUGUAAUAGCCUUGCUCAUUGCACAAGGUGCCACAAGAUUACGCUGCAUGGAAAAUAUUUGUUGUGUGCAACAGUAUACUAACAGGAACUUAUCACUACAAAAAUAGGUAAUCCAUACUUAAAAAUCAGGAACAUUUUUAUAUUGUGUGAUUUUAUUUAAUAGAAAUGUUUAAACUAGAGCAUUGAAUACUUCUACUUUCUUAACUAUACUUUCUCUUCCAACACUAUGUUCCUCUUUCAAGUAACGCCAAAACCAGUUAAAUAUCAGAAUAGUAUGAAAACUUUUUUACAUGGCCUAACAUUCUAGAUAUUUUAAAUUUUAUUGUAGUCCAUUGCUUUGUGCUUCAUUUUUUUGUAAACUACAUAGAGUAGCUUCAAAUGGCAGCCUACAUUUCAUUCAUCAGUCAUGCAUAAGACUAUCAAUUACAUUGAACAGUGUGACAUGCAAAAUUGCAAAGAAAUGUGAUUUCCUUGAUUUUUUUUAAAAAAAAGAAAGAUGUUCAUAUUGAAGCUCUUUAUAAUGGAAAACUCAGAUGUUUUCUAGAGUAUACUUCAAUCUACUGCAAGAAAAUGUUAAAAUACGAAGAUUUUAAUACAAAAGGAACACCAGUUUUUAGAUUUUUUUAAAUAUACAACUCCUUAUAUUUCUGAUAUGUCAUACCUAUGUCCGACAUUCAAAAUGAUGAAGUGGAGCAUCACCAAAUUGUUCAUCAGCUGUAAAAUUAUUGAAGCUAAAAAACUGAAAUAUGUCCAUAUCAUUUAACAUAUCACAUUUUACUUGCUGAAUAAUAUAUUAUGCCUUUCUGAAAGGCUAUAAAACCAAUAUACUAUUUCCUCCUGAAGUCACAUUUUAUUAGACCUCCAUUUUAAAAGACAUAUCAGAUAUUACCCAUACCCAGGUUGGAAUUUUAAUGUGCAAUUUAAUAACUUCAAUUAGUAAGUGUGUUCAGAGAUUGGGAAAUCACAUUUCUUGAAUCUGAAUUAGAUCUGCUUUCUACAGAUAUAUUUUACAAAUACUUCUCAUAAGAACUGAAUAAAUAUAUAAACAGUUUUGUUAAAUCAAAUUCUCAAAUUUUCAUUUUGGAAUAAUGGUUACUCUUUCAAUUACGUCCAGUCUCCUGCACUCUGAUUUAGAGCUGUGAUGUCUGUUCAGUAGACUUUAACUUUUAUCUGAUUUUGACAUUCACUGUUCUCCACUUGUAAAGUGACAACACUUGAUCGACCUGUUUUGACAACAUAAUGGUACUCCAGUGUGUAACUAUUUUUUUACAUUUUAUGUGUAGCAAUUGCUUGUGAUGAUGAUAUUUGUAGCAACUUACUUACAAAUUAAAGAGCUUCAAUUUUUUA